AACAGAAGAGAUAAAAAUUUCGUUCGCAAAUAAACAUGGAGUACGAUGGAAAUUAAACUGCCUUCGAAAUAUACAUCAGGUUUAUUAAAUGACAAUAAGAUAAAGGUUUGUUAUUGUCAGUUUUGUGAUUAAAGUGACAACGAUAGAGAGUGUAGUAAUUGUAAUAUCAGCAGCAGUAAUGAUGUUGUGGAUGAGUGGAGGGGCGUGAUUUGUUGAAACAAUGCGUUAUAUGAAGAGUGCCUUAGGAGUGUUGAUCAUGGCUACUCCAGUUGACAGCAGUAGACAUCGUGCCACUGGUGCCCUUACCACCUUUUACCAUUGCUGGUCGCAGCAGAGAUGAUGCUGUUCAAAGCCUCCUCUGCUACUUUCCUUGCUCUUGGAGUAGGAUUCAUCCUCGGUGCCGGAGGAUCUAUCCUGUUCAUGAAAUACACAAAUGAUAGGCAUGUUUUUGGAGUUUUGGAAAACUUGCUCAUCAAAAUCGAUGAAUUGAAAUACCAAGUCGAUAGUUUGAAAGAAGUUAAUGCUGUGAAGAGGAAUUAUUCCCCGCUGGGGAGUAGCGGAGACGAGGAGUUUGUCGACGCGCAAGGAGGUGCAACCAAUAAUUCGGCAUCUAGGACUCGAGCUCAUCAGCGGAAAGAUAAAAGUGGGCCGUAUGAUGUGAAGAAUCCAAAAGUUGGAGAAUCCCCGACGGCCCACCGUGAGCAUAUUGAUGGCUUCUAUGAUGUCGUUGGUGGUAAAGGUGGCGAUUCCUUUUUCCUCAAAGUUGACACCCUCAUGGAAGGAACUAUCACUGAGCGGAAGAAGGCAUACAAGCUACUCCAAGACAGCAAAGAAAAGUAUGAAGGCAAUAUUGAUUUCCAUUGGCGCCUAUCAAAAUCAACUUUUCAAAUGGCUGAAACUCACAAACCCCAAAGUGAGGAAAAGAAAGAUCUUCUCCUUGUGGCCAGAGAUUUAGCUAAUGCCUCCCUUGCAUUGAAUGUAAACUCAUCCAGUGCUCACAAAUGGUAUGCAGUCAUUGUUGGCAGCCUUACUGAAUAUCUUGGGAUCCGUCAACAGAUUGAAUUGGCUUAUUCCAUCAAGUACCAUAUUGAACAAGGUUUGAAGCUCAAUCCAAAAGAUGCUUUCCUUCACUACAUGCUGGGUAGAUGGCACUAUAGGGUGUAUAUGAUGACUUGGAUGGAGCGGAAAAUUGCACAUCUCAUAUUUGACAACAAUCCCCCGCAGACGUCUCCACAAGAGACCUUAGCUCAUUUUAUGACGGCAGAAAAACUGCGUCCCAUGAUAUGGAAAGAAAAUCUAUUACACAUUGCUCGAUGUUAUGCGGAGAUGGAAAAAUAUUCUGAAGCUGUCAAAUGGCUGUUGAAAGCCAAGAAAAUAAGACGUAGUGAAAUUGAUGAUGAAAAAACAGACAAAGACAUUGAAGAUCUUCUGUCAAAAUACAUUUCCUAUGGAUAACAUUUCGUGCUGAUGUCUUUCAUGUAUGUACCUGAUGUAGAAGGCAGUAAUGAAAAGGAGCAAUGUGCAAUCAAAAUGAAAUUUUAAAGAAAGAUAAAAGUUUAUAAGAUAACUUAAGAAAAACAUGGUUGUGGGGUACGUUCUGUGAACUUGUAUCUCAGAAAUAAAAUAACAAAAAAAAAAAAAAUGUAAAAUAUUAAAAUGGCAUUAGAGAGCAAGAAAAAGUACUUGGAAUUCAUUAUUAUUAUUAUUAUUAUUAGUAGAAGUAGUAGUAGCUGUUGUAGUAAUAUUUAUUAUUUUGUUCUUAUUUCUUGUAUUUCUAAAACAUUUUGAGAGAAAUGUGACUUUUUGUCACUGGACAUAUGUUGGUGUAUGUGCGUAAGUAUGUAUGUUGCUGUGUGUGUGUGUGUGUGUGUGUGUGUGUGUGAGUGAGUGUGAGUGUGCUUAUAUGCAUUCACAUUUUUUUUCUGUUGGAACUCUGAAUAAGUUCAGUAUAUUAUUUUUCAUGUUAAACUUCUUAUAUUUGUUGCAGAUUUUUAUUUAGCUGUUAGAAACUGAAAUAAAUGGAGUUAAGAUGGUGUGUUACCACAAGCAUCAUGAAAUGUGCAUUGUGCAGCUUUACUGCUCAUCUUAGUUCAUCAUAAAUUUAUCUUGCUAUGUAAUUCAAACAUCCCACAUUGAUAUAUCAAUUUAUUUACCCACCAUUUUUUUUUGCAAAUGUGCAAAAUCUGGAAAAAAAAAAGAAAAAUGCAUGAUAGCAGCAUGGAAAGAUGUAUGUUAAAAUGCCAUUUGGAAACAAAUUACUAAAGAUUGUUUCCAGCAGGUAUGUGUUUGGAUUUUACUAUUGUAUUAUCUGUGGCCAUACUGAGAUGUUAUUACUAGUAAUAUUACUGCAACUUUAUGUUGUAUACUGGUAUGAGUAACUUGAAGGUUAAUUAUUUUAUUCAUGCUUAUUAUAUUGCUUCAGAAGGAGAUUUGGACAGUACAAAAAAUGAUGUGCAAAGCUGUAGAAAACAAUGAAGCAUUUUCUAUCUGAAAAUGACCAUAUCACUAACUUGUGAUUCAUUAGAAGAGCUGUUGAUUUACUAUGUAAAAAGACUGCAAAAUCCACACAGUAAUGAAAUGAAAUAACAGCAAUCUAAAGCUAUAAAUGCUACACUUAAAAAUACCUUUGAAGAAAAUGCAGCAACAUGUUGCUGAUGACAAAUUUAUAUGAAACACUUUUGAAUUCUUAACAUGAAUGUUGCUGAUUUAAAACCUUAUUUCAGUUGCAACCGGAGUCAUAGCUUUACUGUUGUUUCAACUUAAAUAGAUUGCUAAUUGACAAUCAAAUUUGCAACAUAAGUGUUUAGAUAGUGAAAUAUGAAAGCUGUACCACAAUGGACAAACACACUCACACACACACAUGCUCUCUCCAAAUCAAAACUAUUUAUUGUAAAUAAUUAAAAGCAUUCCAAAGACAACAAAUCUCUCUAAUGUUAUAAAUUAUCUCCACUACAACAGCCAUUCCUCCAGUAAUAAUACUGUUGAUUGAAUGUCUUUACAGAAGUAUGAGACAUCAUUUUCAAAUAACAUACAGCUCUUACACAAACUCUUUUUAUCACUCUUUAGAAAUGUUAUUUGUUUAGUUCUGGCAGUUUUAAGCAAUGAUGGGUAUGGUGUUUUUGUUUUUCUUACUGUACAGAAAUCUAUAAGGAAAUAUGAAAAAGAAAAAUAAUGUCAUGAAAUUUAGAAAAUAGUAACAGAUCUAUGUUUUCAUUGAAACCUUACAAAAGGGCAUGUCUAUAUAGCCAUCUGUGUAUGUUAGUAUAAUGUGUGUAUAAACUUAUCUAUUCAUGUGAGUGUGUGUAUGAUCUCUCUCUGUCUAUCAACACACACAUGUAUACUAAGUCAAUCUGCUCUUGUAUGUUUUUUUUUAUGAGUUUUGCCUCAAGUGCUUCAAAAAUCUGAAGAGAAACAUUUUUCUUCUACAAGAACUUUUAUGUGAUAAGUAUUAUUAUUAUUAUUAUUAUAACUAAUUAUGUUGAUAUUAAUUAUUUUGAAGAGGAGAUGAGAGUGGACAAUGUUUUUGAAAUUAUUAUUUAACAGCUGAGAAAUCCAGAUUGAAUUGUUUGAAUCAUCAAGAUGUUGUGAUUUGUCAGCUUCUUGGGUCUUUGAAUUUGCUUGUGUCACAUUCUUGAAAAUAACACACCUUAUUUUCUUCUUGAUAUUACUUUGAUUGCAGUGAGGCCUUGCAAUUCUUUUUGUUUGUUUUCUCUUUCAUGGCUAAGUCCAUGCUUAUGUACCACCUUUUGAGUAGUGUAUUUUUUAUUGCUCUAUGUAUCUAAUAUAUAUAAUAAGUUCCUAAUAGAGAGCAAUGAACAUGUUCCAGCUUCAAUAUAGCACCAACAUAUAUGAUGUAAACUCAGUUGUAACACGUUUUAAAAAGUAUUACUUAAGAAUAUUACUUUUGUAAUUUUUGUGUGUUAAUAUAUCUAUAUUUGUGACAUGGGUCAUAAAUCAUAAUGUAAGCCACAACUCAAUUUCAGUUUACUUCACUCACACUACUAUUGCCCUUGGAAAAUGCAGGAAUAUUGCACCUCAUUCACCCUCCUUUCUGAAAUUGUAGGGCCCUUGCUAGUACUUUUGUCAUAUUUGAGACUUUGUAAAGACUCAAUAUAAGAUUACUCAUCUUUUGUGAGAGACAAUUUGUAGGUAUAAAAUUAAACCAUUCAGGUAGAGAUAUACUCACAUACAUAUAAUCACAUCAUUACUUUUUUGUAUCCUAGAGCAAACUUAAAUGGAUCUGAGCUUGUUAAAUAAUAUAUAUAUAUUGCUGGAUUUUUUUCCCCCUCUUUAUUUAUGUAUAGUCAGAGAAUGUAUAAUUUUUUGCAACCAUCAGAUUAUUUAACAGGUUUACUUUUCUGUUUCUAAUUUCAUAUUUAAAAUUUUUUUUCUGUAUUGUUCUUCUUUAUAAGUAAAAUUUUCUUGUUACUCUUUGUUUGUUUUCACUUGUCUUUGUUUAUAUAAAUAUUGUUUAUUUUGUCACAUAUAUUUGGAGGAGGAUUUGAUGCGUUCUUCAUUAGGUUUAUAUGAAUGCUCACAUGUAUUGACAUGUGUGUCUGUGUAAUCAUAUGCAACUCUAUAUCAUUUCGCCAACAGGCAUUUCUCUGUAGCAUGAAUUUAUUCAUAAACUGUCUCAUCCUCCUUCUUUGGUAGCCUAUUUAUAUACAUAUAGCUGAGGAUAGUGGCAGACAAUAACUAAGUUUAGGAUUUCUGUUUUGUUGUGAACUGUUUAUCAUUCCAUUUUUGUACUGUUUUGUGUACAUAUUUCCAGAUUAAAAAGUUUUUAAACAUCCACUCUACACACUUUCUACCAAAUUGUUUAUCAGUCACUGCUUGGAUACAAAUAAAGAUUCCAACUGAUAUAUAUAUAUAUAUAUAUAUAUAUAUAUAUAUAUAUAUAUAUGAGUGAAGCAAUGAAAGAAAGUAGCACUAAACGUAUUUGGUUGGAACUACAUGUUCUUAAUGACCGUUUGACUCAGCUCCACAUUAAAGUCUCAUGAGCAUAUAUCUGUCCACCUCAUCAGGUAUUUGGAGACAGUAUCUGAUGUACCCUAUACCCACGAAAUUUUAUAGAAUGUGAAGCUGAGUCAAACUGUAUCGUGUGUGUGUUAUACUGAUAUCUUCAUCUUUGUCUUCUAUUUUACUCUUUGAAAAUACAUACUAAGUCAUUCAAUCAGUGAUAUAUAUCUAUAUUUAUAUCUACACUUAGAUUUCCUGCACUUAUGCACCUAGUGAUUAUAUUUUAUGGAAUCACAUUAAAUAUAUCUUAAUGUAUAGAUAGUUGAGAAUUCAUAUCAAGUGCUGCAGAAGGAAUAUGCCAAAAUUUUACUAAACCCAUAUUUACACAUUAUAUAUAUAUAUAUAUAUACAUAUAUAUAUAUAUAUAACACACACACACACACACAUGCACAAGUAAGGUGAAACAUGUAGCAACUAAUAAUUUACACUUAUGUUUAUCAUAAUUUUACAGUACAUAUGCUCUGUAUAUCAUAACUAGUAACACUGCCAAGUACAGUGGUAGAUUAACCACUAUACAGGAAGCUGACUAGAUAAUGAUAAUCUACAUGUGGCUCUAACUCAUACAAUACCAGUUGUACAUUUAAAUGUACAGACAAUGUGCGUGUGCGGGUGUGUGUGUGUGUGCAUGUGUGUGUUUAUAUAUAUAUUUGAUUUUUUUUCUAUUGCAAAUUAUUAACCAUAGUUUAACUUAUACAUCAUGCCAGAAACUGAAGUGAUGUACAAGUUAAUAUUACUAUAUAUAAUUCUAAACAUAGAACUUAUAUUAAAUUUUGGGGUAGAACAAUCUUGCUUGCCCUAAUGAAAUUAGUACUUGUAACUUAUUGAUAUCAGGUGUAAGAAUUAUGACUUUGUCUUGUGGCAAAUGUAUGUUUUGUUAAGGCAAAUAAAUUAAUGUUUUGUGUUUGUUUGCAUGUGUGUGUGUACAUGAAAAUAUUUAUGUAAAUAUACAUAAUUCCAUAUUUCCAUGCAUAUGUGCAAUUAUGUACACCUAAACUCUAUUUGUAAAAUAUGUUUUUUUUUAUAUGUGUAUAUAACAUAGCCUAGUGGAUAAUAACAUUGGAACUAGCCAUAUUUGAAAUGAAGUUCAAUCCCUGUCUGAGAACAUGUAUAUAAACCUGGCCAGUGUGUCUCUUCAUGAUGAAUGGAAAUCAAAUCUUUUUAAUUAUGUAUGUGUGUGUAUUUAAAAUACUUAGUAAAAGUUACUAAAUUGAAAGUUAUUUGGGUAGUAUACUUUUAUGUCUGCUUCCUUUAUGAUCACCAUUUCAUAGUAUAUGUAUUGGAUAUGUAAAUGUAUAUACUCAUUUUCAAAAGCAGACUCUUAAUAUCCAAGCACCUGCUUUCUAAUGCUCAAAUAAAUGUGAAUAUUAAAAACAA